UCAGUUUAUCGACGACUGUCGGAGAGAGCGGUUCGGAUUUUUGGUUGGACUAGAACGAAGCUUUUUUUACCCUGGCAGAGUGUAGCUUAAAUUUUGUAGGGAGUUUGCAUGUAGGGUAUAUAAAGCCUUGUUCAUGAUCGUAAGAUCCAUAUUAAAUAUUUUACACAACCUAAAAAUCUAUGAAAAAUAUUUUAUUGCAAAGCAAUUACCAAAUUUUUUUAAUAGGGUAUCUAGAUUUCGUUUUAGCCGAAACUCAAAUUUAGGUCAGGACUAAAGUUUUGAAAACCGCCAUUUUCCAACACUGCCAUCCUGAGUGUUUGGACAGGCGAGAGAUUUGAAAAACAAGUGAGGAAUCCUGCGAUUUAAUUGUCCUCCGCGAUGCCAGGCCAGAAGCGAGUGCUGGACUUCGGCGAUGGCACAGUGCCCAUCCAGCUGGAGUACCCGGACUCGCAGAUCUUCAGCAACUGCAACAGCUACGGCGAUCGUGUUCCGGGCUCCCAUUGGAACGAGAUCACCCUGCACCACCGCGGCACGCUGGAGUACUCGCCGAAUCCACAGCAGAUUAUGAUGGAUGCCCUGUACCAAGCGGUAAAUGAAGCGGAGUUCUUUCCGGUAUUCUAUCAGCGCGGGAGCAGGGCGGACACGUUGCUGGUCAGGAACUGCAAGGCGGCCAUCGAUAAUCUCUUUAGCCAGCGCCUCACCAUCAGCCUGGGAGCAGGUGGCUGCUUGCCCAUCAGCGUCCAACUGGGCGUGGCUCAGUACAAGAUGAGCCAGAUAUUGCCGACGCUCCUCAUCGCUCGGGUGGUCACCAGGCUGAUGAAGCGUCUGGUCCAAAGGGACGGCGAGGACGGGCUGCUGGACCUGAGCAACUUCGGGGAUCAUCCCGAGUUUAAGAACAUCGUGGUAAGCCUGGGCAAUCCGUGCGUCCUGAUGAACGUCUGCCAGGUGAUACACAACAACGAUACCGAGCGCUUCCGGGUGAACGGUUUCAUAUUGGCCAACAACCAGAUACGGGAUGCGCGACCUCUGACCCUGCUCGCCAAUGUGGAUUACGCCCUGCUCGACUUGAGGGGCAACAAGAUCAAGUCAGCCGAUCGCUUGUGCCGCUCCCUGGAGCAAUUCCGGGCCAGAGAACUGCUCCUGGAGAACAAUCCCAUUAUAAAGACUGAGAACUUUCCGGCUAGCAUCAGGCCGUUGAGGAAUAACUUCAAGUUGGUGGAUGGAAAGCCGUUUGACAUGCUGCAAAAGUCCUUUUCGCCGCUGGAUGGAGAGAUCGAUUUGGAGUCGGAUGGUUCGCGGAUCGAUGCAAAUACCAAGUGGAAAGUGCCCGAGUUUGCCAACAGCCCGAACUGGCAUGCCAUUAUGAUACCCGAUCCCAAUCAGGAGUUGUACAAGGACGUGCUCUUCGACUUUUUCUUUAUUUCGCUGGAUCCGUCUCUUAGCGAGUUCUAUCCCUGCUACUACAAGUACAUAAGCACGGAGCACGUUUUCCUCGUGCGCAACUGCUUCGAUCAGAUUGAACAUCUGGUAAACAACUGCAAUCUGGAGAUGUCCAUAGCACCGGAUGGGCGCAUCUUUCGCUACUACCUGCGAAUGAACGUGAGCACGUUCAAGCAGCACCAUGUCGAGCCGGAGAAGUGCAUACAGAAGGCAGUCUCUCAGUGCUAUAUGCCCCAGAACAGGCUGCUCAACCUGGAGCGGUUCCAGCACAACAAGAGCCUGCAGGAUUUGGUGGUCUCACUGGGCUCGACGAAGAUCUUGGCGCACGUACUGUCGGUGGCAACGCGGCAGUUCAUGACCACCUGCUCGGAGAUACGCUUGUGCCGCAAUAAGAUCCUGUGCCUGGACAGAGUGAAUGUUCUAACGCAAAUGGGCUCACUGCGUGCCGUGGAUCUGAGCCACAACUGGGUGCACGACCUGGAAUCAAUCAGGUUUCUUGGCAACCUGCCCCUCAAAUCUCUGGUACUUCACGGCAAUCCACUUUGCCGCAAGUACAGCCUGCCCAGCGAGUACAUUCGGGCGGUUAAGCAGGUGUUUCCGCAGCUGACCACCUUGGAUGGCGUGGACCUGCAGACGAAUCCCGGACAGUCGGUGCAGAAGAACUUUCUGUGCGACAUUGGCGCCUACGAGCUGGUCGGUCAGGUCUUCGUCAAAAACUAUCUGCGGGAGUUCGAGAGCGAUGACCUUCGUGGCGAUCUUACCAAGUAUUAUUCUGACAACUCGAUCUUCACCCUAAGCUGCAACUAUGGCGUUGUUCAGAAUCACCAGACCCGCCAGAUCCUGCCACGCAUCGCAAAAUACAAUAAGCACGGGCGGAAUCUUUACAACAAGGACUUUUCGAGGGCGUCCAAUAGCGUGUACAUCGGCACCAAUGAAAUCUUGGAUGUUCUGUUCCAGCUGCCGAGGGUCACCCACGACUACCACUCCCUGCAGACGGAUGUAAUGCACUAUGAUGGCAAAUCGGCUGCUAUUUACGUGACUGGUUUGCUGCGCGAUGAGCCGCCGGUCACCAAGAACAGUCAUGGCAGCAGGCCAGACAUCGGGGGUGUCCUUCUGGGCUUCAGCCGCAAGUUCAUAGUCAAGUUCGACGAAGAGGGUCUGGGAUUGGGUAAAAGAGCUCGCCGCCUAAAAAUCACCAACGAAAUUCUACACAUUUCGAAUCCCUCGAAAAUUAUGAUCCGCAACGCCUUCAGUGUGCAUUAUCCGGAUGCGAGUGAACUUUCAGUGGAGGAGGACUGCCUGGACGUGAAGGAUCACAAGCUGCUUUUGUUCCAGGAGGUUACCGGGCUCAUUUCCACUUGGUGCACCUCGAUUGUCGAGCAAGCCGAGUGGAACUUUGAGCGAGCCCUGAAGAUAUUUAUCCAGAAGAACGCAGACAAUGAGAUCCCUAGUAUAGCCUUCGCUUAGAGUAUGCUCUUAGUUGAUUAGAGGCCCAAACAGCUUAUUCCUUGAUGAAUCAAAUUACCACGAAUCUAAGGGCUCUGAAGAGCCCAAUAACUUAUCUCUGAUUAAAGUUUCUGUUGUUACCUGUAAAUUGUAGCCCUUGUAGAGGGAGACAUUUCCUCCAACCUUUUAAAGUAUAUAUAUUCCUGAUCAGCUUUAGUAUAUGCAUGUGUUCUCCAUCCGUCGAUAUGAGGUUUUAAGGAUUGGAUUACGCAGCUUCAGUAACCAUGAAGAUGUCCAAUUUGUGUGGUUUUAUUUCCAACCUAUUUUUGGUUUAUUCUAUGACGGAAUUUUAUAAGUAUAUUCCAUCUUAUUAGUAAAUUUGAGCCGGCAUCCAAUAAAACUGCCUUGGGUUACUAUUAAAAUGUAGUUUAGAUGGCCGAAAACAUUUAUUUGAUAAUUACGAGUUAAGGGAAGUCUCUUUUUCCUACACAUUUAAGGGAUCUGAAUUGUAUAUCUCCGAUUUGCAGUCUGUAGCUGCGGAGGAAUGGGCUUUCGGGGCAGUGGGCAACAAAUAAACAUCGAGAAAAUGC